AUUUGCAUUUUUUCAGGCUCUGCCAUUAAUGGAUUGGCUAAUGGUGCCUUGGGUGCUGGUGCCUUGAACAGUGGCUUAGCCGGUGCAGUGGGCAGUGGCUUCGGCAGUAGGGUCGGCGCUACCUUGGGAAGUGGCUUGGGCACUAGCUUGAGCAGAGGCUUGGGCGCUGGCGCGAGUGCUGGCUUGGGCAAUGGCUUGACCGGUACCCUUGGAAGUAGCGUUGGAGGUGCCUUGGGUGGUCUCGCAGGCAGUGCCGUGGCCGGUUCCAUUGGUAACAACGCUAGAGCGGCUGGGUUGACAGGUCCAGGUCCUGCUGGCGUUAUCAUGAGAGGUGUUGGAGGAAUGGCGGCUGGUGAACCGGGUGGCUGGGAGUAUGGUGGUGUUUCGUAUAGAACCGGACUGACGGCAAGUGGUUCAGGACCUGGCAGUGUUGUCCUUGGGCCAAGUGGUGGAAUACAACCUGGAGGAGUGGGGCCUGGUGUUGUUGGCUUUGGAACCAGAGGGGGAAUACUUCCAGGUGGAGUAGGACCUGCUGGCGUUGGCCUUGUAGCAGGCGGCGGUCCACAUCCAGCUGGAGGAGUACCUGCUGGUUUUGUCCUUGGAGCGAGAGGUGGAAUGCAGCCGGGUGGCGUAGGACCUGGUGGUGUCGGCUUUGGACCAGGUGGUAGAAUAAGUCCUGCUGCAGUUGGUGCUGGCGUUGGAGUUUCGAGUGACGCAGCCACUGCUGGUGCUGUAUUGAGUGGCAUUGGCGGAGCACUGACAAGUGUGCCUGGAGUAUUGGGUACCUUUAGAGUUCGAAACAGACCAGUUUCAACGGGCACAGGCAUUGCCGGUGCUGUCUUGGGAGCCAUUGGAGGAGCACUGUCGGGUGCGCCGGGAGCAUUGGGUACCAGAGGUGGUGUUGGCUUGACAGGCAGUGGACGUGCGAGUGUGUCGGGAAACUUAGGUGGCGUUGGCCUUCCAGGUAUGAGCGGCGAACGACCCGGAUUUUCAGGCGUCUUUGUGUCUGGCGGCAGGGGACCCCUUCCGGGCAUCAGCGGUGAAAGACCAAGUGUGACAGGCGCUAUUGGUGGCCCUGGAGGAGCUGGCGUUUCAGGGGGUUUCGGUGUUGGUAGCGGCGGCUAUCGCACAGAAGGUACAAUAGGCACUAUUAUGACGGGCAGACCAGUUUUUGUUGGCGGUGGUCCGGGUGUUGGAUUCACUGCAGGAGGUCCGGUACGUGCCAGUGCUGGCCUUGGAGCUGCUGGCGCAUCAAUCGGAGCAGGAUCUGCUGGUGCUGGACUUGGAGCUCGCGGAGGAAUUGUAGGGGGCGUAGGCCCCUCUGUCGGUGGAAUUCGAGGAAGUGGUGGAUUAGGAGCUGGCGGCUCAGGUGGUUCAGUUCUUGUUGGCGGUGCUCCGGGUGUUGGAUUCACUGUAGGUAGUCCUGGACUUGUUGGUACUGGCCUUGGAGCUGCCGGCCGAUCAUAUGUAACUGGAGCAGAAUCUGCUGGCUCUGGACCUGGAGCCAGUGGCGGGUCAGCUCUAGGUGGUGUAGGUACCUCUGCCAGUGGAAUUGGAGGAAGUGGCACACUAGGAGCUGGUGCGUCAGGUGGUAUAGGUGGUACAACUGCUGGUGGUGGAUAUGGUGUUGGCAGUGCAACACGGUCUGGAAUGUCGACUGGCAUGGCUAUUGGCGGAGCUACUCCGGGUUUCAUACUAACGACGGGCGGUCCGGGUAAGUGCCGUUUGUAA